GUGUCAGUUGAAAUUGUCAUUGCAUUGACAUUGACGUCGUUCAUUGCGAUUAUUGUGGAGUUGAAACUUUGUUGCACGUAUUUCGUGAAUUUAUUUUGUCCAAACGACAAAAAAACUGUAACCAAACGGUGUGUCCGAACUGAUUAUGCCUAAUGAUUUAUUAAAACAGCUGGGCGGAAGGAAAGCAAUCAUGGCACCAUUGUCCCCGACCCCCUGUGCGGAGAUCAGUGAUGAUGAGCUGGUCUCCAUCUCCGUGCGAGACCUGAACAGGCAGCUCAAGAUGCGAGGGCUGACCAGGGAUCAAAUAGUCAGAAUGAAACAGCGGCGGCGGACGCUGAAAAACAGAGGCUACGCGGCGUCGUGUCGCAUCAAACGAAUCGAGCAGAAGGAUGAACUGGAGACUGAGAAAAGCCAGGAAUGGCACGACAUGGAGCUAAUGCAGGAAGACAACAACCGAAUCCGGGACGAAAUAGAAGCUCUCCGGAGCAAAUAUGAUGCCCUGAAACGGUUCGCUGUUAUGAAGAACAUACCUUUGCCACCCGAGCUGGAAUUACUGCCUUAAGUUAAUGUGUAGAAUUAAAUAUAAUAGUGAUACUUUAGUGUGUUGUAUGCAAGGCUCGAAACCGGUUUUGAAAAUAGCGGUAAAUACCGGUUUAUUACGGUUUUACUCGGACGCGAAUGUUUAAAGAACUUUAUUGUAACCUAAAUAAACCGGUUUAUUCGACAAGUGACGAGACGGCCGGCCGCCUUGGUGGUGUACAAAGACACCGACAUAGGAAUAAACCGGUUUUUAUUGUUCUAAUUCUAACCCGGUUAUCUAACAACUUUAUGAAAAUGUUCUCCUAAAAACCGCUUUAAAAAUACGGUUUAUGAACGAAACUGAAAUUAAAUGGUUUUGCGCCAAGUACAUGACAAUGGUUUGAAAACUUAACCGAUUCCCGAGCCUUACAACAUGUUUUAAUUGGUGAUGGAUAGUGAACGGGAUUGACAAGUCAAUAUUAGGUAUAAUACCUUGACUGUACACGUACCGGUCGAUCCACAAAAGUUGACACAAGUGGAAUGAAUGAGUGAAUGGAAAUAUCUAUCACUUCACUUCACUUCUUUAAAAAAAUAUGGCUUCAGUCCAGUGGGCCUAUAGGGACCGUGCGUGUUGGAGGGUCUGCCAUCUUGUGGUCUGAAUCGGAACCAUAAACAUGUACAUUUACACGUCACGUGUUUUCUUGUGCAUAGCAGGUUCUGCCAUCUUGUGGGCUACGUCGGAACAAUAAACAUCACAUUUACGCCUCGCGCCAAAAAUCUGACGGCUCCCGUGCUGCCUCCUACAGUUCAUGCACGUUUCCUAUUUCGCCAUUAUCAAGGUAUUGGGAGCUUUGUACGGUUAAUACAAGACGGUGAUUUUAUUAUCCUCAUCUUGUUCUUCUUUAAUAAUUUGACGACCGGUUUGGCCUAGUGGGUAGUGACCCUGCCUACGAAGCUGAUGGUCCCGGGUUCAAAUCCUGGUAAGGGCAUGUAUUUGUGUGAUGAGCAUGGAUAUUUGUUCCUGAGUCAUGGGUGUUUUCUAUGUAUUUAAGUAUUUAUAGAUAUUUAUAUAUUAUUAUAUCGUUGUCUAAGUACCCUCAACACAAGCCUUAUUCAGCUUACUGUGGGAUUUAGUCAAUUUGUGUAAUAAUGUCCUAUAAUAAAAAAUAAAAAUUCACCAGUAUCAAGGUAUUAUGAGCUUCAAAUACGACUAAAGUUGUACGGUUAGUACAAGACAGUGUACGGUGAUUAAUCAGCACUUGUAAAGCGAUAGCUGGACUUUACAAGUAGCACGUGGGCUACCGGCCGUUGACUCCAAAAUGGUGCUUGAACGCGUUUCAAGAUUAAUUCUUCAUUCACUGCACACUACCACAUUAGUUUACUGUAUAAUAAGCUAUCGAUAUCACACUUUAAACAAUAUUAAUGAGCAAAAAACGACGGUCGGUAAAAUGGCGGUCGAGCCGGAAGUCGGAAAUAUCUAUGUGUAAUAAAACUCCUCCGCUCAAUAUUAAACCCAACAUACAACCACCUAUUCUAAUUAUUACUAUUAAUUCUAAAAAUCACAACAUAUGUGUGUAUCAGAUUAACCAAUAAAAACGUGUGUCAGUCACACAAUGACAGAUAUGGUUCGUUUCGUUCAUUCCAUUCGUGCCACGGGCCUAUCGCGAAAAUCGAAGUUCGCAAAUUGCGGGAAUCUUUCUCUUUUACUCCAAUGAAGGCGUAAUUAGAGUGACAGAGAAAGAUGCCCGCAAUUUGGGAACUUUGAUUGUCGCGGUUAUAGCCCAGCUUUUAUGAAUCGAUCUCUACUAGGGACGCCAUUUUCUGCAUUUUUAAGAAUGCCAAUUUUUCUAAGUAAUUGUUUUUCUAUCCUUUAAUUAGAUUUCCAUUAAAAUAAGUUUUUAAAUAGAACAAAUAUUGUAAUAAUUUGUGAUUUUGUCUACUUUAUACAAUGGUUGUACGAGUAUUAGUUCGUAAGGCAGAUUAAGUUUAUUUUAUUUAUUUGAGAUUAAAUAUUAUGAUAGUACAA